AUGGCACCGCCAUCUCCAGACUUUGAAAAAUCAUUCUGGAGAUUUGAAAAGAUAUUACAUAAUUUAGAGAGAGUAGUCACUUCGUGGUUUACAACUCCAUUGGUACUUUUAAUCAUUCGGUCGAUAUUUUUAACUUAUAGUUUGAUUACUCUGGCUUUAUCUAUAUAUGUUGAAUUCGGAAGAGGUCGAUUGCAUACGUAUUUGACGUAUUUCGCGAAUCUGGGAUUUAUUGGAUUAACAGUGUAUUUUGCGGUGGCAGUUGUUCAUUCUUUGAUCUUUGUGAUAUAUGAUGAGCCAAAAUCACUUUCGACUCAACCAAGAGCUUUGACGAUUGCUUUUUGGAUAUUAUAUGAUGUCGUUGUAGUAUACCACAUUCUAAUACCAAUUUUUUACUGGGCAAUCCUUGUUCCAUCUCGUAUUGAAGAAUUCAAUUCUUCACCACCUUUGUUAACAUUUCACGAAAUCUCAAUACACAGUGUUGAUUUAUUCAUGAUAAUUGUGGAAGUGGUGUUAAGUAGAAUGCCAUUAGUUUCAUCCCAUCUAAUUUUCGUCUUGACAAUUUUGAUUUUUUAUCUAUUUGAGACGUGGAUAAGUUAUGCAAUAAAUAACACAUUUCCAUACAGGUUUUUAGAUUGGCGAGAAGGACAAAAAGUAGCAGGAUAUUAUUUUGGAGUGAUGGGAAUUGCAAUUAAUGCAUUCUUAAUACAGAAAUUGAUACAUAUGAUUCGUGACGUAAUUGGACGAAGAACGUGGCGAAAAGGCUUGAUGCAUGAAAUGGAAGGGUAUCCAAGAGCUGGCGGUAAUAGGAGUCAACAGAGUUCUGUUGGUAGGAGUAGGAGUAGAGGAAUUGUAGUGAGAUCUCCUGCUAAUGAAAUUAGUACAUGUACAUGUACUGAUGAGAUUGAAAUGCAAGCGAGGGCGUAA